AUGAGCAUGGAAGCAUCGUCAUGGGUGGUACCUUGCUACUCGGGCUGGUCCAUGGAAGAAGCAGCUGCGUGGAGUAGUGAUCAUAGGAUUAGCUUCCAAACAUCCUUGCCUAGCGGUAGUGAUAGCGGAAUGCAGCUGCAGGUGGUUGAGUAUGCAGCCCCAGCCACACCCACACACGAUACUUGUACAGAUCAGGACCAGGUGCUCAAGGAAGUAGUGCAAGCGUUCAAUGCUGACUAUUUGGACAUUAUGGAAAAGAAGAUGCACAGGUUCCCUCCCAGCCUGGUGGAUGUCGACGGCCGGUACAAGGUCCCGGUGACUGUGGCCAUCGGCCCUUACCACCACGGUCAUCCCGGCAUGCUGGAGGCGGAGAGGGUGAAGCAUGUGGCUGCCAGCCAAUGCGUCACCGACUCGGGCCGCUCACUCCAGGAGCUGUACAGCGUGGUCUGCUCCGUGUCAGACGACGCCCGCAGCCUCUACUACCACAAUGAGGCGGCGGGUAAAUAUAUGGGCAACGACGAUUUUCUGCCAAUGAUGUUCUUUGAUGGUUGCUUCUUGGUGCAGUUCAUGCGUUGGUAUUAUGUCCACGACGACGAGUUCGAUCAGGCGCUGGUCAGCUAUUUCUACGCCAACUUCGAGCGCAUCUACACCGACAUAAUGAUGCUCGAGAACCAGAUCCCUUGGGUGGUGGUCGAAACCAUCUUCCGCUUCAUGCCGCCAGGGCCCUCGCCCUGGCCCUGGGAGAUGUUCGUCGCUGCGAUGAGAAGGGGUCUGAAAAACCAAAUGGUUGACCAGGCCCUGAAAAAGGAAAUGGUUGGCGACGUCCAUGACAUCGACGUAGAUCCUGACUAUGAACCGCCGCAUCUCCUCGGCCUCGUCCGGUUCUACAUCGUGGGAAACUACGACAAGGACAACAACGUCCAGCUCCCCUCUGGAGAGAAGCCCACGUCAUCAUCUAUCAGCGUCGCCGAGCUUGCCGACGUGGGCAUCACGCUCGUACCCAAGAAGGAAACAGAAGCAGUGCUAGUGGACAUGCGCCUCCAACCGAAAUGGGGCUGCUUCAGCGAUCUCUUCGUGCCGCCGCUAUGCCUGACCGAGGCAAAUGCGACCUGGCUCGUCAACAUGGCGGCCUUCGAGUUAUGCAGGACGCCAGAUUUCGAUAAUGUUGGUGCUGAAAAUUCAGCUGUCUGCUCCUACCUCCACCUCUUCGCCAUGCUGUUGGACCAGAAGGAACACGUGCAUGACCUGCGGAAAAAGAAGGUCAUCGAUGGAGGAGGACUCACCAGCAAGGCGACACUCGAAUACUUCACUUCCAUUGGCAAGAACAUGCGCAUCGGAAAGUGCUACCUCGACAUAAUAAUAGAGAUCCAGAAGUUCAAGCGGGAGAGGUCAUUUUUACUCAAGCCGUACCGCUUCUUUAUGAAGAACAGGACUAAAUUCAUGGCCGUGAUCUCGAUCAUUGGUGUAGUUAUCGGCAUCUUGUCGUCGCUCCAAGCUCUCAAGCAACGCUAA